AUGGAUAUCCGCAGGACUGGCACCGCCGGAAUGCGUAUUCCAUUACCACCCUGCAGAGACAAUGCUGCUACGCCUCGAUUUACUUCUCGGUCCAACUCCCAAAACUCAGAGGACUCCCUUCGACCUCGAGAAGCCAUGGUCAUCCCGGGCGCUCGCUUUAACGACGUCCCUCCACCACUGCCGCCCCCUCGAUACAACAACGACUUGGCCCAGGGAGUCGACAUUGCCUGGAAGUGGGCCAACGGCGAACCCUUUGACACACAGCGACAACUGGCGCCCAUAAAGCCGGGCUCGAGCCUGUACGGCGGCUAUUUGGACUCAAAGAGCCACUUUGUUCGUGCUCAAGAUACCGAUGAAAUGGACCUCGAUGACGACGAUUACGUCCGCCGGAGCAGCAAUGUCUCGACGUUGAGGUCACCCUCGCAAAGCGACAUACGUCUGGCCGGCUCAGUGCCUGCCUUGAUCCGGAAACCGCCAUCUCCAACUCUGGGAAAUCCGAGACUACAAGGUGAAGUGCCCUUGGCACAGCGAAAUUUCGACCGCUCGUCGCAAGCAUACGAUCAAAGACUUUUGUCCAAGAUCGGAAAGUCGAAUUCGCCUCCGCGACAUCAGCGUUCGGGCUCAACUGAGUCCUCGCCUUUUGGCACGAAACUUUCCCUGCAAACAAAGGAUUCAAAAGUCCAGUUAUUGUCAGCCAAUGAGCUUCCUUCGGCGCUCUUUGAUCCGGUGUCCAGAUGGAUCACAAGUCCGGUAUCAGCAGGCGUCUCACCGGGAUCGCGACCGGGAUGGCGUGACUACAAUAUGGAUCAUCGGAGUCCUUCAAUGGACAGCGCGACUAACUCGCUCGUGUUGGACCCAGAAUUGUUUCUUCAGCCUCGACCGAGCGGUAUGCCUGCAACUGGCGGCACCGGGCCGGGAUACGAUGAAGUGGCCAGUCUUGCGAGCCGCUCACAUCGCGGCAGUUAUGACCAAGGAUUUUUCGCCGAAACAGAAUCCGACAUUGGAGGCGAAGAUGGCAGCGCAUUCCGCAAUCUCAAUCUGAGCGACCGACAAGAGCAGCAGGUGGGUCGGCUAUCUUCUAAGCAGGGAAUGAAGCGGCGUGCAGGGUCACCCCCAUCCGAUGUGGCUCGGGACGACAAAUCCCCGUCACGUGGUAACGCUUCAGCAGAAUCGCUCCCAAAAGUCCACACGGGCGCGUCUGGACGCUCGCCGGUGUCGAAGUAUUAUCAGCCCAAGUAUGGAUCUGUUUCGUCGACCGCGUCGAGCGUCAGGCACAACUCAUAUGCAUCGUCUGUGGCUCUUUCAGUGGCCGGCAGUAGCAUGACCAGCAUUUCUUCCUUCGAGCGACAGUCACCGCUAGACCCUGCUUCCCAGGCUGCAUAUAUAACCUCGGCCCAGCCUGUUUCGAGCCCUGCCACGUCAAUUGCACCAUCUAGAAAACCGUCCACGCAAUCUCCUCUCGAUACAAUACCUCCCCCCCCAAAGACAUCUAUACAAUCCGUCAUGAGCGACUCAAGACUCCCUCCCGCGACCCGCGUUGGCAAUUACUUUAUCUGCGACUGCUGUCCCAAGAAGCCCAAAAAGUUCGACACAGAGGAAGAAUUGAGAGCGCAUCAAAUGGAGAAACAGUAUACUUGUCAGUACUGCAACAACCGCUUCAAAAAUAAAAAUGAGGCUGAGCGUCACCAAAAUUCUCUACACCUACGGCGCCAUUCUUGGUCGUGUGCGGCCAUUACGAGCUACGAGGCUGCAUUUCACCCAUCCUCUCCUUCGACGUCUUCUUCUGCUCCAGCCCGUGCUCAGACGGACGUGUGCGGCUAUUGCGGAGAAGAAUUCCCAAAUCUACCUCAGCCGGACUGGGAUCGCCGGAUCGACCACCUCACCAAUGUCCACAAAUUUGGCGAGUGCAACCAAGCAAAGAAAUUUUACAGGGCGGAUCAUUUCAGACAGCAUCUCAAGCACAGCCACGCUGGGCAGAGUGGGAAAUGGACCAACAUGCUGGAAAAUGUGUGCUUGCGCGAAGAAGUCCCCCAGGAUCCCACUGGAAUUUCACCAAGUGGAAGUGACUCAAGUCCAGGACGCGGCCCCAGCAGUCUCUCAGACCGGCCCAUGGGUGGUGCCACGAUUGACGAAGCCCAGGACGAGACUUGA